AUGCUUCUGUCAGUGGCAAUUGUGAAUGUACCCUUGGACAACGAAUUAUGUAUCCAGGAGGUGACUCAGCAACAGCACAUUGCUUCUAUAGAUUUUACUGGUGCAGACAUAGAGGCUGAAUGUCUAGAGACUGAAGAUAGCCACAAACACAAAUGCACAGCUGGUGAUCAUCCUCUUCUACCAUGGAAAGCUGAACAUGACACAUUCCUACUUGAGCUUCUGUGGCAUGAUGGAUGGGGUGACUACAUAAACCUUUGUAAAUGGACAGGCUCUUCAUUUGCUGCUCUGUCACUCAAAUGGCUCGGUUUACAGACACAAUCGACACAACUACUUCAUGCAGCAUGGUUUCCAGCAACUAUGUCAGAACCUCAAACAGCAGCCACAUUUCAAAUUCUUGAACAGUACCAUCUGUUGUCCUUUGAGUUCAAGGCAUCCAGUCAUGAAUUUUAUCAUGCACACAAGGAUUGGUAUGAAGCCUUCUUGCAGAUGGUUUGA